UCGUCCUUUCCUUUCUAAAUAAUUUUCCCCCAAAUUUUUACCCGCGAAAAUUAGGUUUUCUCACAUUUUAAUUCCUUUUUCAAAUGUUUUAAAGCUAAACAAAAAAAAACUCAGAUCUUCUUCCCUCUCUCUUCUAGGGUUUUUACUUUUCCUCACUCACUCCGAUUCGUCUCCUUUCGCGGAUCUCUUCGUUUGAGAUGGAUGUGGCGAUUAGUGAUGCGGCGGUGAAUCUUGAAUCCGCUGAAGAGAAGAGAGAUGAAGAGCAUAUAGACGGAGUGGACGAAUCUGUGAUGGUGGUGGAACCGCCGGCGAAGAAGCCACGUUUUGACGAAGAAGUUAACAGAGUCGCGGAGAUUGUCCUUGUUUUAUCGGCAUUGCGGAAGAUUCGAGGUGGGAGAAACCCGACGGAGUUGGAGAUUGAGCUGAUGGUGGAAGCUAAAUCGAAAUUGGUUGACAUGUGUCAGGAGUUUUCUCCUAAGGAUAUUAUCGCUAGGGAUGCUAUUGGUGCUGUGAUUGAAGAUCUGGGUCUGAAUGCUAAGCUUAAAGAUCAGAGAUUAGGGUUUCGAGCACCCAAGUUAACCAUCACUGAGAAGUUAUCCCUUGGGAAGAGAAAGAUGGAAGAAUCUAAAAAGAACCCAGUAGUAUCCACUUCUCAUACAUCCCCAGGUCAUUCAGCUCCUGCAGCAAAUCAUGUUUCUACGGCACAUCAGUGGCCUAAUAGCGAAAUGAAGGCAACUACUAGUUCUGUUAAUGCUGCAACUGGAAGCCAUUUUGUUAGGGAUGCAUCUGGAAUAACACAAUCUAGAAUGGAGAGACCACAGUUUAAGUCAGAUAUGCAUACCGGUGUUUCUCAGGCACCAGUUCCUGCUGGAAAUUACUAUGGGAAUAAUACAUCUUGGUCUGCCCAACCUCAUUCGAGUUCCUCCACCAUUUCAUUUGGUACGACAUCAGAGAGCAAAGUUCCUGUUCAGAGUUCUUCCAGAGUCACAGAUCCGAGCUUUAGACCAUUUAUGUCCCAAACCCCACCAGGUGCAUUCCCAGGCAUGAAAGGAGUGAGUUAUGGUCAAACUUCUUCACCUUUUGGAAACAACAACCAUGCUGAAAUUGCCAAGAUAAUCCAUAAAGUUCUGCAACCUCGGGCUAAACAAAAUCUCUUGUGGAACCCACCUUCGAGAGAAUACAUGAGUAAAGCAAUGACAUGCCAAAUGUGUCACGGAACUAUCAAUGAAGUAGAGACUGUGCUAAUCUGUGAUGCUUGUGAAAAAGGAUAUCACUUGAAAUGUCUCCACGCUCACAAUAUGAAAGGAGUUCCGAAAUCUGAAUGGCAUUGCUCAAGGUGUGUGCAAUUAUACAAUGGCAAGUCUUUUCCUCCUAAAUACGGCCGUGUCAUGAGAAGCGCCACUACAGCCAAAAUGUCUUCUAGUACAGCCGAAGUUCAGUCACCUGCAGAGAAGAGGGUUGGUAAAAUGGAUCAAAAGGUUAGUCAAGGGGCAAUGCCACAUUCCAGGACAGCAAAAUCAGUUGAGGAUUCAGCUAUGGAACAAACUGUUGAAGCUGGAGAUGCAGAUAUGAAUCCAAUUGUUGAAGCUGAAGAUGCAUCUAUGAAUCCAACAGUUAAAGCAGCUAUGAGUCAAUUAGUUGAAGCUGGAGAAGCAGCUAUGAAUCCAACAGUUGAAGCUGAAGAUGCAGCUAUGAAUUCAAUAGUUAAAGAAGCUAUGAGUCAAAUAGUUGAAGCUGAAGAUGCAGCUAUCAAUCAAGCAGUUGAUGCUAACUUUAAAUCACCAGUUCCUAUAGGAAAAGCUGAUGGUAAUAGUGAUGAUCCUUCAGAACCAGUAUCUCACUCAGAAACUCUUCAUCCUCCAAACCUAGAGAAAAAGAUAGUACUGAGCAAAGAUGCGACAGAGAGACCUGUUUCCACAGGUAAGCAAGAUGAAAUCCUGACGAUUGUAGCGGAAUCAUCAUUACAAGAGGAGAAUUCAGCUUCGCAGACAGAGAACUCACCAACCCAGGCUCCUCCUUCUCAAUCGAACACAGAUCAUGUCCAACAGCAGAACACAACACCAAAUGUCCAAGAAGCUGUACAGAAGAACUACACAGAAGAUCCAGCCCCGCCUACUCCGUCGCAAUCCAACGCAGAUCAUGUCCAACAGCAGAACACAACACCAAAAGUCCAAGAAGCGAUACAGAAUGUCACGGAAAAUCAAGAGGAAGACAAAAGCUGAUAAUGGUUCAGACAAAAGUUACAGGGAACAAUAUUCACUUUGUCCACAAAAGUCACCGCUCUUACUCUCUUUGGUCAUCAAGUAUAUAUAUUCUAUAGUAAGUGAUGAUAUCUUUGAUUUAACCUUUGGCUUAGGUUGAAUUGCUAAAUCUUAUUUUAUGAAGCGCGUGUGGUUCAAUUUUCUGAGCAUAAGUAGCGACUGAUUUUAGUUUGAGCCGCUGUGUAGUGUGGCGCUUGAACAUUUUUGAAGGUACUUUCUGAAAUAAUUCCUUACUUUUACAGUAA